CUCGAUCCUUCGAUCCCUGAGUUCUCUCUCUCUCUCUGUCGCUGCUCGCGUGCCGAUGCCCCCGGUGCCUUCAGCAGUGCUCUGAAUUCCUGACUCCCUGUUGCUCGAACCUUGACCUCGUUGAUUUUCUGGCUCGAAAUUUGGGUCCUGUUUUUUGGCCGGCGGUGGAAGGAAUUCGUGGUGAAUGAUUCGGGAGAUCGAGGUCCUUCUCAGGGUUGGAAUCGGGGCUGGAGGUCGGAGAUUGGAGGGCACGGUGCUCUGGAGCUGGGGUGGGGUUUCAGUUAUGAGUGCGUAAGUUGUGUGGGGGCUGUGGGGAAGGAUGAAUCGUGGGUUUGUGUUCGACGGGUGUGAGGUGGAGGUGAAGAGUACACGACCGUCUCAAUCUCCGUGGGAAUUCAGUGGGUUUUCCAACAGUGUGAAGACCGAGCAUGCGAAUCGAAAUACGACCUCUUUGGACCAUAAGAUUUCGGAAUUGAGGAGUAGGAAGAAGCGGAAAGCCGCUGAGAAGGAACAGCAGGAUGAAGCUCGGGAGAAGAAGAAAGGCUCCAAGGCGUUCAACGAAGACGAGUUCGAUGAUAAGGAGGAUGAGGAUGAAACAGAGGAUGAGGAGGAUGUAGAUAGCGAAGAGGAGGAGGAGGAAGAGGAGGAGGUUGAUGAGGAUGAUGCUGGAGAGGUAGAAGAUGCGGUAGAAGGAUCUCUGGGUGAGGCUGAGGAAGAUGAUGAAGACGAUCAGGACGAGGACGACGAAGACGAUGGUGACAGUGACGAUGACCAGGAGCCUGAAGAGGCUGUGGUGGAAGGAGAGCAGGUCCAGGCCGUGAAGAAGAAGGUUAAGCCUGGUGCUUUUUUUGCGUCAUCUGAAGGGGCUUCCUUCAGUGCCAAGUCGUUCGGAGACCUCAACCUCUCUCGUCCUCUUGUGCGCGCAUGCGAAGCAUUGGGGUACAAACAACCUACUCCGAUCCAGGCAGCAUGCAUACCAUUGGCACUUACAGGACGGGACAUUAGUGGAAGUGCCGUCACCGGUUCUGGCAAGACCGCAGCCUUUGGUUUGCCAAUUCUGGAGAGGCUGCUGUACCGUCCUCGGCGAAUUCCAGCUAUCCGCGUGAUGAUCCUCACUCCAACCCGUGAGCUUGCUGUGCAGGUACACAGCAUGCUCGAGAAGCUGGCACAGUUCACAGAUAUUCGAUGCUGUCUCGUAGUCGGAGGUCUUUCAAGUAAGGUUCAAGAGGCAGCACUGCGCACUCGACCAGACAUUGUUGUAGCUACGCCCGGACGAAUGAUAGACCAUCUGCACAAUGCCCAGUCUGUGGGCAUAGAAGAGCUAGCUAUUCUUGUCCUCGACGAAGCUGAUCGACUUUUGGAACUCGGAUUUACCAAGGAGGUUCAUGAGCUGGUACGGAUGUGCCCAUCGAGAAGGCAGACGAUGCUUUUUUCUGCUACAAUGACUGACGAAGUCGAUGAGCUUGUAAAGCUUUCUUUGAAUUUCCCUGUACGCCUUUCAGCGGAUCCCAAAACUCAACGACCCUCUACUUUAACAGAAGAAGUCGUAAAGAUAAGGCCAAAUGUCGAAGCUGACAAGGAAGCUGUACUUCUCGCCCUCUGCACCCGAUCGUUCACAUCGAAGGUCAUCAUUUUCAGUGGGACAAAGAUCGAAGCUCAUCGGCUGAAGAUUUUGUUUGGUCUCUUGGGCCUCAAAGCUGCCGAAUUACACGGCAAUCUCACUCAGGCUAUGCGUCUUGAUGCACUUGAAAUUUUUAGAAAGCAGGAAGCUGACUUCCUUCUUGCGACAGAUGUCGCUGCACGAGGUCUAGAUAUCGUUGGAGUGGAGACAGUUAUCAACUACGAAUGCCCUUCCAAUAUCACGACGUACGUGCACAGAGUUGGUCGUACGGCAAGGGCAGGGAAUAAAGGUUGUGCUAUUACUUUUGCCACUGAACGAGACCGUCCGCUGGUUAAAGCCGUCGCUAAAAAAUCUGGUUCCAAGUUAAAAAAUAGAAUUUUGGCCCAAGGAGCAAUUGCGAAAUGGCGACAAAAGAUUGAAGAGCUAGAGGUUGACAUCAAGACUAUUAUGCAAGAGGAAAGGGAGGAAAGAGUACUACGGAAAGCGGAAAUGGAGGCAAACAAGGCGCAGAACAUGAUGGAACAUGAGGAUGAGAUCUACUCGCGUCCGAAGAGAAUAUGGUUCCAAACAGAGAAAGAAAAGAGAGCGACAACGAAACCUGAUGCCGCUGGCAAGGAGGCUGGAAAGGGCAAGAAGAUGAUCAGCGUAGAAGAAGCUCAAGAGAACAAGGAGAAAGAGAAAAGACGGAUUGAGAGAGAGAAAAACCUAAGUCGUAAGAAGCGUAGACGCUUGGAAGCAUCUCGUGAGGAAGUGGAUGAGGACCAAGACGAUGACGACGAUGAUGACGAAGAGACCGGGUUGCCAGCAGGGAAGAAGGCCAAGGGAAAGAAGGGAGGUGGAAAGUCUGUUGUUGAUUUAGCAUAUUUGAGUGCCAAAGCUGCCAAGGGAGAAGCGAGAGCGCGAGCUGCUGGCAAAUUACCGCCAAAGAGAAGAGAAUCCAAGAAGAAAGAGAAGGCACCAAAGCGGAAAGAGGAGAUGGAAGAGCUUUUUGGAAGUGACAUGAGUGCUGGAAAGAAGGGAAGCAGGGACAGGGAAGACAAAAAGCCCAAAAGGAAACCUGGAGUAGGAAAGAAAGCAUUCAAGAGUAAAGCGAGAUUCAAGAGACGCAAGUAAAUUCAGCAAAUCUGAAGCACUGUAUCGGAUUUCUAGAGCAAUUCUUAGUCAAAUCACUUGACAUCAAUUUUGUAGUCUGAGUACCCCCGGACCGGUGCGGCCAAGAAGAGAUGAUCGAUAUUAGAGCCUUCGAAGGAAGAUAGUGCGCACUGUGUGCAGCUUUAUUCAAUUUAUUGUGAUUUUUCUUGUACCAUGUAAUAAAGUAGCAAUCUUGAU